CGAAGGGGAUUGAAGAAGUUGGCACCGGGUCACUGGCAUGAGACAUCCGCAUGACGUCAACGCCGUUGCCAGCUCCAAGCUGGAUCAGUUGCAGACCGCCUUCGGUGCUGCCAAGGGGGUGGCGUGGUGGGCCACUGGGGUGCCUGGCAGGUUGCUCGGCAAGGCCGCCUCCGAGGCUCGCGGCGGACACGGCGAAGUUUCUUCUAGCGGAUCUGCCGCCGGUGCUUCUGGGCCGAAGCUUUGACCUCUCCAAAGCGCUGCUCCAUGUGCGCCCCAGCGAGGUGCUCGCGGACCCCCGCGGCGCCGCGGCCUGCGCCACCCACCAGGCCCUCGACCUCCUGGGAGGCGGCUUCGUGAAGAUGGCGCAGGUGGUGGCCCACAGCCCCGCGCUCUUCCCGGAGCCUUUGGUCCGCGCCUGUCGCGGUAGUCUUGCUCAAGCCGUGACACCACCGGCACCUUUGGAUGACAUCGAGCGCAUUCUGCUGGAGGACCUCGGCUUGAGCCUCCAAGACCUCUUCGACGACUUCGAGGCCCGGCCGAUUGCCGCAGCCUCCAUCGCCCAGGUGCAUGCGGCACGACUUCACUCUGGUGAGCCCUGUGUGGUGAAGGUCCUGCGGCCCUUGGUCCGUGAACGCCUUGCCGUGGACUUUGCCGCGGUGUCCCUGGCCGCGCGCCUGGCGGACCUCGUCCUCGGGGAGGAUGUGGUGCUGCAGAUGGUGAGCGCUUCCUUGGCCGUUUGCGUUGAGGAGCUUCAGAGGGCGGUGAUGGCGGAAUGUGACCUUUCGGUGGAGCGCCAAAAUAUCGAGGACUUCAGAAACUGGCUGGAGACGUCUGUGACCUUGAAGCGGGCGCGUCUCAGAGAAGCGGUGCGUGUGCCUCGGACCUUCACCAAGGCCUCCUCUUCCCGGGUACUCACCAUGGAGCGCAUCCACGGAGUGGCCUUCUCCGAGAUCUGCGCACGCCACGAGGCGCCUGAUCAAUGGCAGGCAGCCCUCACGUCCGCCCUCACGGUGGCUGCUUUGUCGGUGAUCGACGGCACCGCCAUUUUCCACGCGGACUUGCAUGCGGGCAACAUGAUCGCCGUGCCAGGGCCUAGCGGCUGCCAGCAGGUCGCCUUUAUCGACUUCGGGUGCUGCGGCAAGCUGCCGCCGGCGCUGCGGGGCACGCUGCUGAUGCAGGCCUCAGCAUUCGCAGGCUCCAGGCCGGACGUACGCCAGUUCUGCGAGGGUUUCGCCUUUGCGCUGCAGAAGCUCCCGGAGCUCGGCACGGGACAGGCCUUGGAUGUGGAUGCGCUGGCAGAGGAUAUGAAGCCAGUGCUGCGGGAGCUUCAGCGCCUGAACCCUUUUAGAGGCGCGCGCGAUCCCAUGAGCCCGGCACUGCACAUGGAGCUCUUCCGUCUGCAGGGCGUGCUCUGCCGCCACGGCGUUCAGCUUCCUCGGGAAUUCGCCCUCUUGAUGAAGACUGGCUGCUUCGGAGCGCUGUACUUUUCCUUGCUGGAUGCCCCGCACCGGCGCCGGCUCUUCCAUCAGCUCAUGGUGGCUGGCGCAGCCUUCGCGGCCUCCAAUCCUAGGGAGGCGAGGCAGCUGCUGCAGCCGCGGAAGCUGGCGGCGCUGUUGGGCGCCCUCCGCAGCAGCGACAGGAGCUUCCUGGCCGACCGAGCCAAGCCCUUCCUGGUCUUGGCGGCCUGUGUUGCCGUCACUCUGCCAAUGCUCACUCGCCAGAUGGAGCUUCUGUGACUCGACUGAGGCUGGCCGAGCUGGGACAGAGCUGCCAGGAAUCGGAACCGCUGGCUGGUUUCAAGUUCUAGACAGGAAGCUUGAAUGGCUUUCAUGAUUCUGGCGUUUGUGGCUAGACCCGGAGAUAUCAGUGAAACUGCCCCCUCAGCUUUUCAGUCUAGUGGGGGGGCAACAAACUGCAACCCGGUGGGCAACCUGGGCGCACGAGCGGGGCAUCUUGCUGGGCACAAAAGUCCUGCCAGGGACCUUGCUGGGCCGAUC